AGAAUACUGUUCAAAUCCCUCUUUCCGACCACGAUUAAAUACUUUCUGCACUCUAUCAAUACAGAAAAAUAUUGCUAUUAUAAAUCUGAAUUGUACUUCGAUUCUGUCUUGUUAUAGAUUGUGGUCGUACCGCGGACUCCAAAACCGCGCAAAAGGUAGUAGGCAUUGACGGAUUACUAGAGUACCGCAAGGACAAGCAAGAACUUUAUAUAAGAUCAAACAAAACAUGGAAUGUGUUAGCACAAAAGAACGAGGUAGGUCGACAUAUAUUUUAUGUAAUUAGUCUUAAAUCAUGUCAAAAUAGUUGGAAACUUGGUUAAUUAUACUAGACCUGGAAUGCCAGCAUAUAGGUAGCGAUGAGAACAAACAGCGGCAAUCUUUAUAGGAAAUACAACUACCUGAUAAAUGUAAACAGAACCUCGACGUUCGCUAGUAUAAAAGCACAUAAUUUUCCCAAUCUACGCUACGAACUUCUCAAGAACUUCUCAUCGAAGUUCUUUCUAUUUGUUGCUGGUUGAAUUGCGUUUUCUAUAAAGAUUUCUAUAAAUUUUAGUUAAUAGAUGUAUUUUCAUUUAGGGUAAUCAUUAUAUUCGCUCAGUAUAUACACCAGAUUUACAUCGGCUGCUCUGACUUUUUUGUAUACCAAAAAACACACGUAUGUUUUCAAACACUUCGUUAAGGCCCUGUCACACUAUUGCGUAUCGUAUACUAGCGUACGUAUGCCAGCGUAUGAAAAAUAUCACUCAUACGCCGGUAUACGCUCACAUACGCUAGGGUUACGUUAGGACCCAGAUUACUGAACCAUUGAUGCGUGCUGGCCCAUCGGCCGAAAGAAUUCAAGGCGGAUAGCGGAUAGCGGCGUAUAAGACGCUUAAUCGGUUUAGGUUUGGUAAUAGCAUCAACUUUAUUAGGAACCCAUCGUACUAUAUUAUGGUCAGCAGACCCAAGCGGAGCAAGAAUAUGCGGCUUGUCAUAAAAAUCUUGUAAAUCGGUGACGAUGAGAUCAAGGGUAGAUGACCCCCUUGUAGGAGCAGAAACGACUUAAUUGCUUCAAACUAAGACUACGGGUUAGGUUCGAAACAUCAAAAUUAUUAAAAUCACCAAGGAAUACGAUUCUACAAUUAGGAUAACAAUUCCUAAUGGAAUCCGUUGUGUUCAUCAGAUAUUCAUCAAGAUCACGUAGAUCUUCAGCAGUUCUGCCAGGGGGGUUAUACACAACGCAAACUGCAAUAGCCGAUAUAUAUAUAUAUAUAUAUAUAUAUAUAUAUAUAUAUAUAUAUAUAUAUAUAUAUAUAUAUAUAUAUAUAUAUAUAUAUAUAUAUAUAUAUAUAUAUAUAUAUAUAUAUAGCAACCCAGUGCAGUAUUCUACGGUUAUUUCUGGAAUCUGGGCGAUCAGCCGUUACCCCUCAGUUCACCACAAGGAAAAAUUCAGAUGUAAACAUACCGAUCUAAAAUAAUUCUUUUUCACACAUAAAGUAAGUUAUUCCUGCAUGAUACUUCUGCUCCUGUGAAACUACUUGCCUUAUGGCAAUGGUUAACGAAAUUUAAUCAGUCUUUGUAGGAUUCAUCCAUCUUCCAAAGUCCACAGUUUCUUUCUUUCUUUUUUUAUUUCCCCCACUGUUCCAAUUUCAAAAUUCCCGCCUUCCUUCGUUUCCUGCAUGUCUAGAAAUCCUAGGAGACCUAAAUAUAGAGUUUGGUAAAGACAUUGCUAUUUUAUUUUGUCGUCUUCACUAUCGCUUGCAAAGCUAUAAUUAGCUAGUAUUGCAUGUGAACAGUUAGAUCAUCAUAUCGAAAGUAUCGUCAUUUGUAUAGUAUAAUGUGGCGAUUAAAUUGUGUUCUUAUAUUUCAGGUAGAUCUAAAACUUGCGGAAUUUGAAAAAAAAAUGUUUAAGUUAUUGAAUUUUAACUGUGAGUAUUGCUAUAUUUUCAACAGUACUGUAAUCCUGGCCUAUAUAAACCGCGAAAGAAAAAUAGCAUAGACUAAUCGACUCGAGCUAUAUGCUCUCUGUAUAUCCCAAUUUAUUCUUUUUAUAUUGAACAUUUACAGCCAGGCAAGAAUGCAGCAGUUAUACAUUGCUUGAUAACAAAGAUCGAAACAUAAAGUACAGAAGUGGCAAGAGUUUGUGUGACAGUGGUAUUUCAACCAGAUGGUACAGAUUUGGUGGUGAUGCUGGAACUCAGUUGUCUACUACUUGUGUUCCGAGAGGCAGUGGCAUAAACAAUCUAAAAUGUUCUACUCAAGCUAUUUCUUGGUUGAAUGGCGCUCAUCCAUCUGUGAGUGAUGGAAAAGUCACACGUGAGGUGUGCUUCAGUUGGGUCAGCAGUUGUUGCUCGUUUAAAAAAAAUAUUGAAGUGAUCAACUGUGGAUUCUUUUAUAUCUACAAACUGGUCUCUCCACCUGGUUGCUCUCUUCGAUACUGUGGAACUGACGUCUGAAUUCUAAAAUGAAAUAAAGCCUCGAAUCUUGUUAAAAUUGAUUGGGUUAUGGUAAUUAGGUUAAGCAACUGCAGUGAUGCGAUUUUUAUGUAAGGGGAUCAGAGAAGUACAGUUUGAAUAAAAUAUAUUGUCAAGGUUAUACUUUUAUUUCUUAAACAAACCAUCAAAAAUGGUGUAAUAAAACUUCACGACUUGCGAUUAAACGGUUUAAACACGACUACAAAUUCAAUUGAUAUACUGCCUUAUUAGUAUUCUUA